CUGCUCCCCAAUUUCAACAUCAAGUAGAGGUUUCUGGAAAAUUGAAGUCGACAGAAAGUCAAAGAAAAGCCCUAAUCUUCCUUCCGGUCUCCUUUGGAUUCAGGAUUCGUCCUAGUUGAUGAUCUGUCUAUUUAUCUGUGCGUUGAGGAGGCCUGAAGUUGGCUGUGGGGAGCUGAACACUUGUCCAGAAAGCUGUACUUACUUGCUGCAGAUAAGAUGCACUUCCGGUCAUCAUCAUACCAAAAUGCAGGUAUUGAGCUGGUUUUUAUAUCUAAAUGGACACCAAAAAAUUCAUCCAAUUGGUUGAGGAGAAGAAAAAGAGAGCUUUGGAGAAGAAGGAAGCCCCAUUGAAAUGGGAACAGAAACUUGAAGCUGCUGCCAAGGCAAAGGCUGAUGCUGAAGCCAAAGCGAGGAAGCUCAAGGCUGCCAAGCAUAAAAGAAGAUCAGUAUCAGAUUCUGAUACUGAUACAGAAAGUGAUAGCCAUGAUGGACGGCGAGCAGGUAAGCGAAGUCACAAGAAGCACAGGAAACAUUACCACUCUGAUUCAAGUGACAGUGAGAAGAGAAAGGAUAGAAAAUCUAAGCGAAAAUCAAAACGACGUCACUCAUCCCUUGAUGAUAGCACCGAUGAAUUUGACAGCCACUCUGAAGAAGAUAGGAGGAAGAAGAGACACCAUAGAAGACAUGCGCAUGAUGGGUCAAGUUCUGAUGAAGAUUACUCCAGUUCUUCUGGUGAUGAUGAGUCAAUGAAAAGAAAUCAUUCCAGGCGGCACAGACAUCAUAGGAGAACGGACUAUACAUCAGAUGAUUCUAGCAGCACUGAGGAUAAUACUUCUUUGCAAAGGAAAAGACGUUUAAGGCACCACAAGCACCGCCAUCGACAUGAGCGGUCGCAUCGAUCAUGUAGUGUCGAUUCAUUAGAUUGUAAUUACGGCAGGCAUGCUUCCAAUGAUAACCAUGAUGAAUCAGCACUUCAAUCUAGGCACAAGAGAUGUAACCACCAUCACAAACAUCGACACCAUCACACAGGUGAGGAGAAGAAGCAUUUGUCCAAUGGUUCGAGCAACGAAAAACAUGUGGAGAAUGAACCUGAUGUGAGCAAUAUUUGCCAUGAUCGUGCUAAGGAUUAGAUGUUGUUGAUGGAAGUGAUUCUUACGGAUAUUGGUUGAUGGGUGCAGCUGCUUUUUCGUUUUUAUGUGAAUUGUUUCAGAUUCAUUGUUAGGACAAAUGCUGCUGAUGAUUUAGGCCUCCCCAUCUAUGUCACUUGUUGCUACUCCAUUCUUAAAACUUAUACCUUUCGCUCAAGGGAUCUUAUUGGCCAAAGUUGAAAACUUUUCUUGUUUUUUAGUUGGUUGGAUUACUUCAAGAAUGCAAAUACUGUUUCCAGAUUAUGUGGUUGAGCAUUUUAUGCAUA